AUGCUCCGAAGCCGUCAUGCCUCGAGGGCCAUCAGGUCCUUGAGUGGUCAGACGAGGAGGGCCUUCACUACCACCAAGGCUGUUGCUGCCAUUGAACCGCCUAGGAAGACGCCUGCUUCUUCGAGGAGCCAGACUACUACAGCUGCGUCCCCGGCCUUCAACACCUCGGUCACCAAUACCAAGGAUCAGAGCCAUGUUCAGCCCCUCCAGUCGCGCGAGCCUGAGAUGGACGAGUCAUUCAUCGGCAAGACCGGUGGAGAGAUCUUUCACGAGAUGAUGCUGCGUCAGGGUGUCAAGCACGUGUUCGGCUACCCUGGUGGUGCCAUCCUCCCCGUCUUCGACGCCAUCUACAACUCAAAACACUUCGAGUUCGUCCUGCCCCGUCACGAGCAGGGCGCCGGCCACAUGGCUGAGGGAUACGCGCGCGCGUCCGGCAAGCCGGGAGUGGUGCUGGUGACGUCGGGCCCGGGAGCGACCAACGUGGUGACGCCGAUGCAGGACGCCCUCUCGGACGGCGUGCCGCUCGUCGUCUUCUGCGGCCAGGUGGUGACGUCGGCCAUCGGCAGCGACGCCUUCCAGGAGGCCGACAUGACGGGCAUCUCGCGCGCCUGCACCAAGUGGAACGUCAUGGUCAAGAGCGUGUCGGAGCUGCCGCGCCGCAUCAACGAGGCCUUUGAGAUCGCCACGUCGGGCCGCCCGGGACCGGUGCUGGUCGACCUGCCCAAGGACGUCACGGCCGGCAUCCUCCGCCGCGCCAUCCCGACGGCGACCAGCCUGCCGAGCCUGCCGAGCGCCGCCACCCGCGCGGCCGUCGAGCUCAACAGGAGGCACCUGCAGGCGUCGCUGAAGCGCGUCGGCCAGCUGAUCAACAAGGCCAAGCAGCCCGUCAUCUACGCCGGCCACGGCUGCGUCGUCUCCCCCGGCGGACCGGAGCUCCUGCGCGAGCUGGCCGACAAGGCGUCCAUACCGGUGACGACGACGCUGCACGGCCUCGGCGCCUUCGACGAGCUCGACGACAAGUCCCUGCACAUGCUGGGCAUGCACGGCUCGGCCUACGCCAACAUGGCCAUGCAGGAGGCCGACCUGAUCAUCGCCCUGGGCGCGCGCUUCGACGACCGCGUGACGCUGAGCGUGCCCAAGUUCGCGCCCGGGGCCAGGGCGGCGGCGGCCGAGGGCCGCGGCGGCAUCGUCCACUUCGAGAUCAUGCCGAAGAACAUCAACAAGGUGGUGGAGGCGACCGAGGCGGUCGAGGGCGACGUGGCGACGAACCUGCGCGGGCUGAUGCCGCACGUCGAGGCGCGCACGGUGGCGUCGCGGCCGGAGUGGUUCGGCAAGAUCGGCGAGUGGAAGCGCCGGUGGCCGCUGUCGCACUACGAGCGGGCGGAGCGCACCGGGCUGAUCAAGCCGCAGACGCUGAUCGAGGAGCUGAGCGAGCUGACGGCGGACCGCAAGGACAGGACCUACAUCACGACGGGCGUGGGCCAGCACCAGAUGUGGACGGCGCAGCACUUUCGGUGGCGCCACCCCCGCACGGCCAUCACGUCGGGCGGGCUGGGCACCAUGGGCUUCGGGCUCCCGGCCGCCAUAGGCGUGCAGGUGGCCCGGCCGGAGGCGCUGGUGAUCGACAUCGACGGCGACGCGUCGUUCAACAUGACGCUCACCGAGCUGGCGACGGCGUCGCAGCACAACAUACCGGUCAAGGUCAUCGUCCUCAACAACGAGGAGCUCGGCAUGGUGACGCAGUGGCAGAACCUCUUCUACGAGGACCGCUACGCCCACACGCACCAGACGAACCCGGACUUCCUGAAGCUGGCCGAGUCGAUGCGCGUCCAGAGCAGGCGCGUCGUCAAGCCCGAGGAGACCAGGGAGGCCCUGCAGUGGCUGAUCGACUCGGAGGGUCCGGCCCUGCUCGAGGUCGUGACUGACAAGAAGGUUCCCGUCCUUCCCAUGGUACCUGCUGGUUCCGGACUUGAUGAAUUUCUGGUCUACGACGGAGGCGAGCGAAGCGAGUACAAGUCCCGGUAG